AUGGAUUCAUUGUCACUCAACCGCGCAGCUCUCGAUGAGUUCGUCACUACCAGAGUGACUCGAGAAAUGGUGGCAUACUUGGCCCAACAGGCAGCCCAGGUCAUCCGCUGUGAAGCUCAUGUCACCAACACCGUCAACCAGAAUGGCCAACCUACACCACCAUCCACACCUCCAAUGGAACCCACAGACUUGCCUGACUUGCCAUCAAUGGAGGUCUUCAUUGCCUCACUCGUCGCCCGGUCGCAGGUGCAGGUACCUACUCUCAUGAGCUGUCUGGUCUACCUCGGUCGUUUGCGUUCUCGUCUGCCUCCAGUCGCCAAGGGCAUGCGCUGCACUGUCCACCGCAUUUUCCUUGCUUCGCUCAUACUUGCCGCCAAGCAGCUUAAUGACUCCAGCCCCAAAAACAAACAUUGGGCCCGUUACACCGCAGUGAGGGGAUUCGACGAUUUCGGCUUCUCUCUCCCCGAGGUCAACCUCAUGGAACGCCAGCUCCUCUUCCUCCUCGACUGGGACCUGCUCAUUACUGAGCAGGACCUCUUCACUUAUCUCGAGCCCUUCUUGGGUCCCCACCGCCAGCGUCUCAUUGCCCGAGAGCAAGAACGUCUCGAGGAGGAAAAUCUUCACAAGCAACAACACCGCGAAUGGCGCAGUCUUCACGCAUCAGCGGAUUUACUAUCCAGCCGCCUUCGCCGCCAGAAGCCCGAGACCCGCAGCGACACCCGUCGCGCAAACGAGUCUCUCCGUCGUCUCCCCAGUCAUGUCUCUCUACCAGCCAUGCACAACAUCCGUGCAGCUACACAGAACGCCGCCGAACAUGAUCGCUACAACCCCUACCAGCGUCAGCGCGCAUCUCCUAACAGAGUCAACCGAUCUGUCUCCCCACCAUCCGUCCGAGACGUGCCAGGUCUCUCCCACGCCGAGACCUUCAACUCUCUCUGCUCGCGCUCAUCCAGUGCCGCCCCAAGCUCAAGAGGCACACCAGCUUCCAUCAGCACCGUUUCCUCCAAUGGCGCCGACGACGUCAUGCUCACGGACCCAACCCGCAGCCCAUCAUCCGCCUCGCCAACAUACGGCUACGUGGACGUUGCCGAACUCGACAAGUCCAUCGAGCCUAUCCGCCAGCCAUCCAAGAAGCUAAAGACCAGCAACACCCACAGCAGCGGUUUCGUGGCUCGUUUCCUAGCCUCCGCAACAGGCUCAUACAUGGGCGGUCGUCGAUCCCACUAA